CCACUACAACACCCACAACCAUAACCAAACCCACUACAACACCGACAACCAUGACCAAACCCACUACAACAGCCACAACCAUGACCCAACCCACUACAACACCUACAACUAUGACCAAACCCACUACAACAGCCACAACUAUGACCCAACCCACUACAACACCUACAACUAUGACCAAACCCACUACAACACCUACAACCAUGACCCAACCCACUACAACACCUACAACUAUGACCAAACCCACUACAACAGCCACAACCAUGACCAAAACCACUACAACACCCACAACCAUGACCAAACCCACUACAACAGCCACAACCAUGACCAAAACCACUACAACACCCACAACCAUGACCAAACCCACUACAACAGCCACAACCAUGACCAAACCCACUACAACACCAACUUCAACAACUGUAGCCACGACAAGUACAACACGUGCAGCUCCAACAACAACCAGAACGACCACAGCUGCUCCGACUACAACUACUCCUCAAACCCUGACCCCAGCCACUACACCUGCUUCCCGCUGCUCCGUGAACGUCACGGCCGUCAGCGUGGUCUCUGGCGUUGCCGUGGUGAGGUUCAGCAGCGCUGGCGUGUCCUGUAACUUCAGCAUGUUUACAGACGACGCUCUGCCGUUCGCCGCCGUGGCCUGUUAUCCGGACGGAGAGUCCCGGACCGAGUUCAGCUGCCGGGUCUCCGGGCUGGACCCCGGGACUCAGUACCGGGUCACCGUGGUGUCCAGGACGGACGGAGAGAGGAGCAACGUGUCACUGCGCACAGCGCCGGCGUGCGUCCGCGGCCUCCAGGUGGCGCCCUCCGCCCCAGACGGUCUCUGCGUUUCCUGGCGGGCCGGUCUGGGCCAGAGCGAGCGCUUCAGGGUUCUGCUGAUGGACCGGGACGAGGUUCUGCUGGAGAACGUCACUCUGCCAAACAGCUCUGCCUCCGCUGAGCUGCACGGCCUGCAGCCUGGGACACGGUACACCGUCACCGUGGUAACCGAGGCCGUCGGCCUGCAGAGCUCCGCCUCCAAACAGGCAUUCACAGCCCCUGGUCCUGUGCAGCAGCUGCGUGUCCGCCACGCUGAUGAAACCUCUGUGAGCGUUGUGUGGAGUCGCCCUCUCGGUGAAUGGGACAGCUUCACAGUGGUGCUCCGCCAGGCGGACGCCAGCGCCAUCCUGUCUCUGAGGAAUCUCUCCGGGGAGGCCAGAGAGUGCACCUUCAACAUCCUGGCCUCAGGACGCCUGUACACCAUCACCGUCACAACCAACAGCGGCAACGUGAGCAGCUCUGCCGCUGUGACCGCCCAGACACGUCCGGCCCAGGUCGGUGGUCUGCGGGUCUCUAACCUCGGAAGCACCGACAGCCUGCAGACGCAGUGGGAACGUGCCGCUGGAGACCUGGACUCGUACCGCGUCCUGCUGGUACACGACAGCAGCGUCAUCAAGAACGAGAGUGUGGCGGCGGAUGCCACCAGCAUCGUGUUCCACGCUCUGAGACCUGGCGCUCUCUACCGGGUGGUGCUAACCUCGGUCAGAGCCGGACAGACGUCCAGACAGAGCGUCGCAGAGGGACGCACCGCCCCGGCUGCAGUUGCCGAGGUGAUGGUCAGUAAUAAUGGCCGUAUGGACUUCCUGAGCGUAUCGUGGCGGGCUGCUGCUGGAGACGUGGACGGCUACGUGGUGACCCUGAGCGACGGCAGGAAGACGCUCCACACCGUCUCCGUCUCCACGUCCAGCACCGAGUGUGUCUUCAACUCGCUGGUGUCCGGACGCCUCUACAACGUCUCCGUCAGCGCCCGCAGCGGUGCCCAGCUCAGCCACACUGUCGUCCAGGAGAGGACACAGCCGGCGCCGGUCCAGAACCCGACAGCGACGCACGCCGCUCGGGACGACUACCUGAAGGUGUACUGGCGCCCGGCGGCCGGAGACUUUGACUUCUACGUGGUAUCCAUCAAGCACAACAACGCGUUCGUACAGAACCAGACGGUGUUGGCGACGCAGAGCGAGUGUGUGUUCAGCGGUCUGGUACCCGGCAGACUCUACACCGUGCUGGUGAGCACCUGCAGCGGGAUGUCCCAAACCAGCACCUCCACCCACGGACGCACCCUUCCAGCGGCGGUCCGGUCUCUGGUUCUGGUGGGCCAGGGGACAGAGGACUUGCGUGUGACGUGGUUGGCUGCUCCGGGCGAUGUGGAUCACUACGAGGUGCAGCUGCUGUUUAACGACAUGAAGGUGUUUCCCCCAGUGACGCUGGGCGCCGGCGUGGGAGCGUGCUCGCUGGCCUCGCUCACGCCCGGACGCCUCUACAAGAUCCUGGUGUCUACCUUCAGCGGGCCGAACCAGAGGGCCCGCUUCAUCCAAGGACGCACAGUUCCCAGUAAAGUGAAGAACAUCCAGGUGACUAACGACGGUGACAGCAGCAGUCUGAAGGUGAGCUGGACUCCCGGCCCGGGCGACGUGGACGGAUACUCGGUGUUUCUGUUCCGAGACGACCGACAGCUGGACGUCCGGCCCGUCCUCAAACACCACAACGAGGUGACGUUCGGCUCGCUGCAGCCGGGACAGACGUACAACAUCACGGUCCAAUCUAUCAGUGGAGAACUGCUCAACAACAACACGGCCGCCGGACGCACAGUGCCGGUGGCGGUGACGGCGCUCCAGGUGGAGGAUCUCUCAACCUGCAGCCUGGCGCUCCGCUGGCAGGAAGCUCUCGGCGUGUCGGACGGCUACUUCCUGCAGCUCCUGGACGAGAGAGGAAGUCUGCUGACUCACUCCUUCCAGCCCUCCGGACACACAGCGUUCAGGUUCGAAGGCCUCACCCCAGGGAAAAAGUACCGAGUCAUGGUCCAGACCACCAGUGGGGGGGUCCACAGCCCAGGGGUCAGCGCCGAUGCUCGCACACGCCCUGCAGCCGUCACCGAUCUCUCCGUUAAAGCCAACUCAACCAGCGCUCUGUCGUUCCGCUGGUCUCCGCCUGAAGGGGACUUCGACCGUUACGAGAUCUCGUUGUAUAAAAGUGACGACUCGCUGCAGGAGCGACGCCGCAGCCAGUCCAGCAGUCAGCAGGUUUCCUUCCAGGGUCUCCGACCCGGCGCCGCGUACCGCAUGGUGGUGGUCACGCUUAGCGGAGAACACAGCAACCAAUCAGCUGUCUGGGCCCGCACAGUCCCAGCCGUUGUGGCAUCUCUGACGGCUCGCAGUGGGAACCAGUCUGACGCCCUGUGGGUGAGCUGGGAGCGUGGCGGUGGCGAUCUGAGCAGCUUCCUGCUGUCGCUCUACAACCCCGACGGCUCUGAGCGCGCCGAGCAGCCGCUGGGUCCAGAGGUCAGCCAGUUCGUCUUCUCCGACCUGGUUCCUGGGCGGCGGUACCGGGCCGAGCUGAAGAGUCUCAGCGGAGAGCUGAGCAACAGCGCCAGCACGCUGGGACGCACCGCUCCGAACCCUCCCAGCUCCUUCCUGUUUGGAGGGGUCACCAACACCUCCCUGGAGAUCACGUGGAGCGUUCCUGCCAACUCCGACUUCGACGACUUCGACCUGGAGUGGACUCCUCGGGACCAGCUGGCAGUUAUCAACCCGUACCACAGCCCCACAGCGGGCAGCCGCAUCCUGAGAGGGAUGUUCCCCGGCCGGCUGUACACCUUCAGCCUGCGCAGCGUCAGCGGCAUCGCCGAGCCCACGCGCACCUACAGCACACCCAUCCACAACAGCAUCCGCACCAAGCCGGAGCGAGUGCACGGCCUGCACUGCCGUCCUCAGAGCUCAACCUCUAUCUCGUGUUCGUGGGCGCCGCCGGAAGCCGAUUUUGACUCGUACACCAUUGAGUGUCUGCGUCAGGACUCGCAGGUCCUAGUCUACUCCCGACGCACCGGCAGAGACGCCACCACAUACCGCAUCACACAGCUGGAGCCGCACCGACGCUACAGCGUCUCUGUGAAGGUCAUUUCGGACCGGACGACCAGCGAGGAGGCCCGGGACAGCGUGGUCACCAUGAUCGACCGUCCCCCGGUGCCCCCCCUCAGUACUCGGGUCAGCGACCGCUCCGCCAUCGUCACCAAGUCCUCCAUCUUCUUCAGGUUUAACUGCAGCUGGUUCAGCGACGUCAACGGAGCCAUCAAGUUCUUUGCUGUGGUGGUGACCGAGUCUCAAGGUGUGGAUGAGCAGCAGCCGGAGCAGCAGCACCCUCUGCCCUCCUACCUGGAAUAUAAAUCCAACAGCUCCAUAAAAUGCUACCAGAGCGGCUUCUUCCGCAGUCAGUGCAGCGACAGCAGCGUCGGCAGCAACCAAAGCUUCCAGAUCACCGUGGGCACGGGGAUGGACUCACUGGGUGGCUCCUGUGAUCCAGAGACCCGCAGAGACCGGAACCUGUUCUGUGACGGACCACUGAAACCCAAAACUGCCUACAGGCUCAGUGUCCGAGCGUUCACUCAGCUGUUUGAUGAAGAGAAGAAUGACUUCAGCUCUCCGCUGUACAGUGACACGUACCUGUCACUGCCGGUCGUCACCGAGCCAGAGCCUCUGAGCGGCGUGAUCGAGGGAAUCAGCGCCGCCAUGUUCCUCAUCGUCAUGAUGGUGGGAGUCACCGUUCUGCUGGUCUGCAGACAGAAGGCUCGCAAAGUGGUGGAGGAGAGAAUGAGCAUCAGGAUGAACAUGAGGAGAGAUGUUCCAACUUCAGUCCUCCACGGAGUCAGAGGGAACCGCCGAGUGUCCAGUCCCAUAAAGACGGUGAACUUUGAGAGUCAUUUCAUCAAACUGCAGGCCGACUCCAACUACCUGCUGUCCCAGGAGUACGAGGACCUGAAGGACGUGGGCCGGAACCAGCCGCUGGACUCGGCUCUGCUGCCAGAGAACCGCGGCAAGAACCGCUACAACAACAUCCUGCCCUACGACUCGACGAGAGUGAAGCUUUCCUACGUAGACGAUGAUCCGUGCUCCGACUACAUCAAUGCCAGCUACAUCCCUGGUAAUAACUUCCGGAGGGAGUACGUGGCGACCCAGGGUCCUCUGCCGGGAACUAAAGAUGAUUUCUGGAAGAUGAUCUGGGAACAAAACGUCCACAACAUGGUGAUGGUCACGCAGUGUGUAGAGAAAGGGAGGGUGAAGUGUGACCACUACUGGCCCUGUGAUCAGGACUCUCUGUACUACGGAGACAUGAUCGUCCAGAUGUUGUCUGAGUCUGUCCUCCCUGAGUGGACCAUCCGGGAGUUCACCAUCUGCAGCGACGAGCAGCGCAGUGUGUCCCGGCUGGUCCGUCAGUUCCACUACACCGUGUGGCCGGACCACGGCGUCCCCGACACCACGCACUCCCUCGUCCAGUUCGUACGCACCGUCAGGGACUACGUCAACAGAAGUCCUGGAUCAGGACCCACCGUGGUGCACUGCAGUGCUGGUGUGGGUAGGACAGGGACCUUCAUCGUUCUGGACCGGGUCCUGCAGCAGCUGGACACCAGGGACACUCUGGACAUCUACGGUGCCGUCUUCGACCUGCGGCUCCACCGAUCACACAUGGUGCAGACGGAGUGUCAGUACUCGUACCUCCAUCAGUGUGUCCGGGACGUCCUGAGAGCUAGGAAGCUCCGCAGUGAGCAGGAGAACCUCCUCUGCCCCAUCUAUGAGAACUACAACUCCCAGAGAGGGGAGAACCUCAACUCCCAGAGAGGUGUGAACUACAACUCCCAGAGAGGUGUGAACUACAACUCCCACAGAGAGCCGCUGGGCAGCAGACGCUAGAGGUUGUAAUGACUACUGAUCCAUUACUACAGGGAAACAUGGCAAUUCUAUUUUUAUAUUUUAUAUCAGUGUUUAUAUUUGAAGCAUCAGAAAACUUUAUUUAUGUAACAACAGAACUGUACAUAAAGGCUACUUCAUAUCUGAGUGUGUGUAUAUGUAUAUUUUUAGAUAUUUCUUCUGUUUUAAAUUAUGUUUCGUCUCCGGGUUUUAAUAUUAGCUUUAAUAAUACACACACACACACACACACACACACACACCUACACACACACCUACA